GCCUGCAGAAAUGUUUGUGUGAGCAAAUCAAGGACGGCGUCAUGUGAUUUGGAAACUUUUCACAGCUGAAACCCACUUGUGGUCUAAUUGAGUGCCCGGCAGCAGGUGGAUGAAGUCCUUGGUUAAGUGCAUAUGACAAUGACUUCUUUUGUCAGCUUGGGUUGCAGCCUCUGCCUUCUUCUAGGUUGCAGCUUGUCAGUGGGCCUGGAGGUCAAAGUGGGGUCGGAUGUUACCCUAAUGUGCGUAUACAACGCUGGGUACUAUGGCAAGCUGUCAACGUGCUGGGGACGAGGGCCGAUCCCGAACAGAGGCUGUGCAAAUCAACUCAUCCAGACCGAUGGAACAACGGUGACCAGCAGACUAUCUGAGCGUUACCUGCUUAUGGGUAAUCUCGGCGAGGGCGACGUGUCGCUGACCAUCAGACAGGUUGAAGAGAGUGACACGGGGAUAUAUGGCUGCCGUGUGGAUGUCCCAGGCUGGUUCAACGAUCGCAAACAUCAGAUCACCCUGACGGUGGUACCAGCGCGCCCUGAUGCUCUCAUGGUGAAAAUGCAGGAGGUGGGGACAAGGAGUCUCACUGUUCGCUGGUCUCACGUGUUCGACGGGGGAAGGCCCAUCACGUCAUACAGGAUCGACAUCAAGAGCGAAGAUGAUCUGUGGGAUGCUGCAGUGACAACUGAGGUGUCCAAUCCAGACUUAACCCGGGUCACUCUGGUGGACCUACAACCGGCUAGAAACUACAACCUCCGCAUGUUUGCCAUCAACAGUGUAGGCAUGAGUGAGCCGAGUAACGUUCUUAAAGUCACCACCAAAGAAGCAGCACCGGACGGUCCACCCUUGGACAUGCAAUUCCUUGCUCUCUCAUCUACAAGCAUUAGAGUCACUUGGAAGCCUCCGAGCGCUGACCUGAGAAAUGGGGUUCUGCAAAGUUACAGCAUCAGCUACACAGAGUACGACCCUGCAAGCCGACAAUUAAAAAAGUGGCAAAACCAACGUGUCGGGGCCACACGGGAACAGGAGAGCCUCAUCCUGAGUGGACUGAAGCCUUCCACCAAGUACGGGGUUAUCAUACAGGCCUUGACCAACGCGGGAAUUGGACCUGCCUCAACUCUACCCUUCAUCUCCACGCUAGAUGAGGUUGUCCAAACUUCAACUCAGGCAACAAUCAACACACCCUUUACUGUCAUAUGGAGCAUUGAAGAUACCACCAGGUUGAUCCCAGAUCACACAACUUCCGUGACAGAUGUGGUUCGUGCCAGCACAACAUGGGAACAAAGCUCUACAAGUUUCUCUUCAGAGUCUCCAGAUCCCCCUGUUGUUGAGUUAAAAGAGGUCCGAGACAAUGCAGUUUCUCUUACUUGGACUGCUGGGUUUGAAGGAGGCGGCCCCAUUACCGGAUAUUUUCUCGAGUAUAAAGCAGUGAAUGGCUCAUGGGACUUUAAAAAGACCGUAGUAGACUUCAGCCCCAACCAGACAGAGGCCACCAUCAUCGAGAUAAAUCCCUCCAUGUACAACAUCCGCAUGUUUGCCACAAACAGCCACGGCACCAGUAAAGCCAGCAAUAUCCUCACCUUCACAACUGGAGAGAAAGAUCCCCAAAAGGGUGCCGUCGCUACGGCCACAUCGAUUGACACUCAGGCUGCAACAAGCACGGUGGAUGAGGCUCGAAGUGGUCACCUGGUUGCCAUCGUUAUUCCAGUUGUGCUGGUGAUGCUGUUCAUCGUUGCCAUAGUAACUGUGUGGCAACUGCGACGGCUCAAGGGGAAAAAGGGCAACCUCAACAUGUGGUUGAGCAAUGACGCGAUACUUUACAGAAGCUCUGACUCCACGCAGGAGCUGUGAGGUCCUGUAUCUUUACGGGACAAUAAAAAGGCGUAAAAAGAGCAACGUGCUAAACUAACAUCCAGUUUGACAGCUAAAAACGAUAAAAAGCACACAGGUCUGACAUGACUUUACACUCAUGUCCUUAUACAAAACCCCAAACCAGUGAAGUUGUCACGUUGUGUAAAUGGUCAAUAAAAACAGAAUACAAUGAUUUGCAAAUCCUUUUUAACUUAUAUUCAAUUGAAUAGACCGCAAAGACAAGAUACUUAACGUUCGAACUGGUAAACUUUGUUAUUUUUUGCAAAUAUUAGCUCAUUUGGGAUUUGAUGCCUGCAACAUGUUUCAAAAAAGCUGGCACAAGUGGCACAAAAGACUGAGAAAGUUGAGGAAUGCUCAUUAAACACUUAAAGGCCUACUGAAAUGAAUUUUUUUUUAUUUAAACGGGAAUAGCAGAUCCAUUCUAUGUGUCAUACUUGAUCAUUUCGCGAUAUUGCCAUAUUUUUGCUGAAAGGAUUUAGUAGAGUAAAUCGACGAUAAAGUUCGCAACUUUUCCUCGCUGAUAAAAAAAAAGCCUUGCCUGUACCGGAAGUAGCGUGACGUCACAGGAGCUAGUAUUCCUCACAAUUCCCCGUUGUUUACAAUGGAGCGAGAGAUUCGGAGCGAAAAAGCGACGAUUACCCCAUUAAUUUGAGCGAG